AUGUCUCAACCCGCUCUCAACAAGAUUGCGGCCAACAGCCCAUCGCGGGCCCACCCCUCCGAGCUGGAGCAGAACAUCGCCGGCGCUCUCUACGACCUCGAGCAAAACAUUCCAGAUCUCAAGGCUGCUCUGCGACCGCUGCAGAUUGUGUCUGCUCGCGAGCUCGACGUCGGCCACAACAAGCAUGCGAUCGUCAUCUUCGUCCCGGUCCCUCUCCUCCCGGGCUUCCACAAGAUCCAACAACGCCUCACCCGCGAACUCGAGAAGAAGUUCUCCGACCGCCAUGUCCUGAUCCUCGCCUCGCGCCGCAUUCUCCCCCGCCCCAAGCGCUCAAAUCGCAGCCGCACCUCCCAGAAGCAGAAGCGUCCUCGAUCCCGUACACUCACCGCCGUGCACGAUGCGAUCCUGGCUGAUGUCGUCUACCCGGUUGAGAUUGUGGGCAAGCGCACUCGCACCAAGGAGGAUGGAAGCAAGGUGCUGAAGGUCGUGUUGGAUGAGAAGGAGCGUGGUGGCGUGGAUUACCGGCUCGAUACGUAUGCGGAGGUGUAUCGGAAGUUGACCGGGCGGGUUACUGGGUUCGAGUUCCCCGUUAGUGGUGGUGCUGAGUACUAA